CAAAUUUAAAUUUAUGUGAAGGUCAUACACAGCAGUUAACACUGCGUUUGAAAACAAUUUUUUUAGUGUGCUGCGACGAAGAGGAAGGUUCUGCAAAGCUCCAACUUGAUGCAGAAGAAUAUGUUCAUAAAAAUGGUAAAAAGAGCUGGCCAUGAAAUAAAUUUCCUGUUGAGAUUUCUCCUACUUAUCACCGCCUUUUCGUGGUCGAAUUGUGCUUCCAUUGAGUUUGAAAACAAGACCGUGGACAACUGGCAACUGCUGAUCGGCGCCAACUCAAAAGAACUGAAAUACGACUUUUGCAAGUAUAACGGGUCAAGCGGUGGAACACAGUGCAAAAAUUUUCCAAAGGUCGCCUCGGUAAAUAUUAGCGAGGUGUGCGAUUGCUCCGUGCAACACAACGAAACCGAAGCUGGCGCCUUCACUUUCAGCGUUAAUUGCAACAGCAAUGCAAGUUGGUGCCCUAAGAAUCUGGACCUUCACUACCAGCAAGGCUCCUUCGAGAAGCCACCGGAGGCUGAAGGAAUUUCAGUAACUACUAUCAUUAUGAUCUCGUCCCUUUUCGUCAACGUUUGUUUGAUCAUUGUAAUAGGAUUGUUAGUCAAAUGCCGAGACCAAAUGCAUAUUAAUUGCAACCAGAAAAAGCGUCAGCGGGUCUUCGUCAAAGGGUCUUCGUCAAAACAUCAUCGUGAAGCUGAUCAAACAGCUGAAGAGUUGGCCGUUUUUCAGGAUACAAAUCCGUCUUUUGUCCGAACACCUCACACUUAAAAUGUUGGUAUAUUUAACCUGAUUAAUGGGUGUGAACAACAGACAUCAAUUUAACUAUUAAUGAUAUUGUAUUCAUUAAUAGUAUGCAUACUAAAAAUUAAUGAUUUUCUCAAAGCAUGUGGCUCAAAUACAAUGAAAAAACUUGAUUAUUUAUGGUGUAGGCAGAAACUGUGGGACCAGAAACUUUCAAGAUCUUAUAAAAAGAUCGUCAAGUAAUAUUCUUAAUUUAUACGCAAAAAUACCAAUUUCCUUCUCCUCGCGUCUGGUCAUAUAAGGCGUGUGCCUUGGCUGUUGCUUAUAUUUAUAGCAAACUGAGUCAUUCUCACUCAGCUGGUGUUUUUCUCUCCUCUUGGUCCAUAUUCAGUUAGUUUUUAUGUACCAUUGACUUGGCCAUAAUUGUUGUUAUUGUAUUUUCAUACAAAUAUACAGAUUUUAUUUUGUUGAAAUAUAAAAUGUCAGAAUUGAUUAUUGAAUAGCAAUGACGAUAAAUGAAAUUUUACAGAACAAAUACGUAUACAGUAUAAUUGGUUCACUUAUAUACGGAACUUUAUUGAAAAAAAAUAAUUUAACCACAGGCGGUAUUUACGCCGCUGUUUCGCCGUUUGAGGUUUCACUGCAUUAAAAGCAAAAGUUGAUGGCAAAAUUGUAUUUAAAAAUAAAAUCAAUAAUGUAAGGAAGUAUAUUAUAUAGAGACUGAUUUUUUCUGUGUGUUCGAAUAAAUAAUAACCCUCUGCGUUCCAAAUUGCUUUGUUCCUAUUGCUUUUCCUUUUCU